GGACUAAAUUAGAAUGGGGGUAUUCUGAAAGGCGUAAAGGGUGUCAGCGAACCUGUGUGUGAUGGCUGGAAAGGCCCGCAGGCCUCAGUUCAACUGAGUUUACUGAGAUUUUUCAUUUUAGUGUUAGGAAGGAGUGGGCUGAGUCGGGCUAGAAGGAGAGGGCUUGUCCGGCUGGCAGGAGGUGGGUUGGCUCAGUUGGUCGCGCGGUGCUUGUUGGCAACCUGGCAGCGAAUUGCCUCCUGCCGUCGCUGGUUGGCAACCCUACAAGCGGCUCGUGGAACUAUCUGCUUUAGUUAGUGGCAACCUGGCUGCUGCUUAGUUGGUAGCUCUGUUCAGCCUGCAGGGUAGUGGUGCCCCACAGUCUGGUGCUGCUGGUGCUCGUUCGCUCGCCUCACCGCCGCUCGUGGUGCCUUCCCUUUCCUGCUAGUUUGCAACUUGUACUACCGUAUAUUCUCCUGUUAUUGGUGGAAUGAAAAUUAGAAACUCUUGUGACAUUGUGUUAGUAAGAUGAACUUUACAUUGAAAAUGGCGGUGUGAUGACUCUCGGGUGGCGGCGUUAAUGGUUGGUGUUUGUGGCCGUGCAAGAUAGCAAUGGCCCUGCAGAGGUCGCCAUGUCCCACCGGCGGAGUAGUAGCUUGACGGGCGGUGCCAGGGUGUCAGAAGAACAGGUCCCCUCCGCCAAGGCGAGGACCAGACCUGCUCCACCUCUGAAGGCAUCAAGUUUUGAUUAUGGAGACCAUGGAGCAGCUGGCGGUCCGGGAUUCGAUGGAGAGGAUGGCAUGCGACGUGGGCGCCCGGAGAAUUUGGCUCAGGCCGCCAUUUCCGUUGCCCAUAGCACGUACGAAGCCCUUGAGAAUCGGAGUGAAGCUAUCAUGCAACGAUUCGAUGAUUCCAUCGACGAGCUGGAGAAUGGCCCGUUGGUGCAGACGGCGAAGGCGACGGUGCAGAAGGUCGCUACUGUUAUUGAGAAGCCAGUAGGCUUGAUUAAACAAAGUCGUUUCGUGGAGGAGGUGAGUGGCGUUCUCACGGAGAUUGAGAACACUGAAGUAGUGCAGGUAGCUCGUGGCAGGGCGCGCCAAGCGUACAUGUACGUGGAACCCAUCAGUGAGAAGAUCUUGAGCCGUGUCGGGAGUUUUGACGCAGAUGAAGAUGAUGACGUGCAGUUCGUUAUUCCUCCUUCAAUGCAAAGGUCUCCAGGAAGGACUGUUGAUGUCCCACUCAAACCUAGACCCUUGCUAAGACAGUACGAUAUAGAUGGUCAACGAGUUAAAUUAGAUCCUACGCAAUACGCAAUUCAAGAGGAAGUUCCUGAAAUUCAUGUUUCGGGUGAAGAUGGAAGACUUUCCGUCCUGUCUCAAGGUAGUGAUAAAUUGCUCAAGGUCAAAGCCCCUGACCAAAUAAGCAUAGUGUCCGCCACCGACUCGGAGCGACAAUACGAGCUUGUGCGUCCCCAUAGGCUGUACCGCACUCCUCCCCUUCCGCCCCCAAGACACAAGGAGCCACGGCGCUCCUUGCAGGCGAGGUUAUCAAAUAAUGGUGUGAAAACUUCUCUCGUUGAAGAAAGCUCUGAAAGACGCCAAGAUGGGGAGGAGGGGUUAUGUCGAUGUGGUUCCAGUGCGAGAUCAGUUCGUUUUACCGAAAAAGAUUCGACGUGCAAAAAGGAUGGUGCAGCUGUGGCUUCAAGGGGGUCAGGGAAAGAGCCAUCAUCCUCCACCCUAACGGUGAAGAGGAUGGUGGACGUGGAAGAAAGACGGCCAGCCAUCAAAGACCAGCAGUACAUGGAAUCAGUGGACAAGCGUAACUCUCUUCUUGACGAGUGUACGGAGGACCAGCCGCUGGUGCCCAUCGAGAUGGAGGGAUGCAGCAUCUCCAAGAUCAGAGAGAAGCUGCGAGAGUAUAACUACAGUGUCAUCUGUAUCAACGGCAAGACUUUCUAUGUGCCUAAAUCUAUUGUGAAAGAGCCCGAGCCUCGGGAGGUGUACGGUGGAGCCUCCACAUUCUUCGAGGCUUCGGAGACUAUUGACUGGAAAACUGUGAAAGAUGCCAGUGGCCAACCAGCUCCAUCCAAGGAAAAGCCCCGCUGGAUGCAGCAGAUUUCCACGGGGCUGGAGAACUUCCUCAGCAACGCCCACGACCCUUGGCUCUCUGAGGCCGACCGAGAUCCGCUGGCCUGUGACUCUUGCUGCACGUGCUUCGACAAUGCUUUGGGAUGGGACAAGAAGAAGGGUCCCAAGUUCCCAUUGCAGCAGAAGAACGAGACGUUCUGUGUGGUGUCCAAGAGGUUCCGCAAGAACUAUGUCCACCGAUUCUCUGCCUCCAAAUCGCUGUUCCUCUUCUCACCGUGGCACCCGCUGCGUCGGGCCGCCAUUUUCCUGUCUACAAACCAGUUCUUCGAUUACCUGGUCAUGGCCACCAUCCUCCUCAACUGUGUCUUCCUCGCCAUGACAGAAACCGUACCCGAGGCUGAGUACAUGUUCCUCGCGAUCUACUCGGCCGAGAUGAUGAUCAAAACGGUAGCAAAGGGAUUUAUCCUCAAUAAGUACACGUACCUCCGCAACCCCUGGAACUGGCUGGACUUCGUUGUGAUCGCCUCUGGUUAUGUGACGUUAGUGAUAGAACUUGGAGAUAUGGACGUCCAACUCGGUAAUCUGGCUGGCCUCCGCACCUUCAGAGUUCUUCGAGCGCUCAAAACCGUCUCCAUCAUGCCUGGGUUGAAAACUAUCAUCAAUGCACUUCUCAACAGCAUCAAACAGCUAGUGGAGGUGAUGACGCUGACGGUCUUCUGCUUGAUGGUGUUUGCACUAUUCGCCCUGCAGGUGUACAUGGGCGUGCUCAAGAACAAGUGCGUCAGGACCAUUGUCGGCAACGUAACCUCAGAAGAAUGGACGCAAUGGCGUGAUAAUUCUUCACACUGGUUUUACGAGAAUGGCACAAACCACCCAGACAUCGGAUUUCCCAGACUAUGUGGCAACGCUACCGGCGCCAGAAAGUGUCCAGAGGGGUACUCGUGUCUGCCAGAUGUGGGCGACAACCCAAAUUUUGGAUUCACGAACUUCGAUAAUUUUUUAUGGUCAAUGCUCACCACAUUUCAGCUCAUUACGUUAGAUUUUUGGGAAGACGUUUACAACAAGGUGAUAGCCACGGGGGGACCACUGCAGGUCGUCUUCUUUGCCAUUGUCGUGUUCUUCGGGUCGUUUUACCUUAUCAACCUAAUGUUAGCUGUUGUGGCAAUGAGCUAUGAAGAGGAAGCUGAAAACACCGAGGAAGAGAAAACGAAAGACUUAAUGGACCAUCGGGAUGACUCCACCUUCAGCUUCGACCCGGAGAAGUUGACUCACGCUCGACCCUUAGAGAAAAAGAAGCCAAAAAAUCGGCGGGUAAUUGUGAUGCGCCGAGGUGCCGGCAUCCUUAGCGACAAGUUCUCUAAGAAAAAGAAGAAGAAGGACGAGGAGGAUGGUGAGGAAAAAAGGAAAGGGAGUGCAUCUUCGGAAGGUACCAUCAGCAGACAACCUUCAGCACCCUCCAACACUCCAAGACUAGGAAGUUCUCAGCUAGACAUAUCUGCUGGUCACCAUUCUCUUUCUCGACCUGCCUCUUUGGUUGCCACACCUCUGCCCUCCUCCUCGCCCGCCCCAACUCAACCUUUCCAUACUACACCCCCAGGACGCUGUCAAAGCUCACAAGGAGCUAGCGUGGAGGGCGUUCCAGCCCGCACUGGUGCCUCAUCUUCCUGUGACCCCUGCAACGCCUCAUCCACGGCAAGCUGCUGCACAUGUCACUGCCACACUCGGCAGCAACAGGUGGCGGUGGCACCCCCAGGACUGGUAGCCCUCAGGGGUGGCUGUGAUGACCCUAGACCCCACCUCCGCCUCGCCAAUAACCCUGCCCAUCGCCAGCCAUCUUUAGACGACUCCGGUGUAGUAGGAGAUCAUGAAGGCGGCGAUUCCAUCUCCAUUCAUCAUUUGCCUCAUGCCCCCCAGGUAGAGUUGGUGGGUAAGGCGGAGCAGGCCCUCUACGCCCGCAGGAAGUGCAAUGGUGUGAGCCCUUCCUCUCCCGCAGCCCUCUCCGCUUCCUCUCAACACAUAGUUAUUGUCGAAGAUGAGUUGGUGGACCGUAACUGCGAGAAGUGUCACGAGUGCUGCGUCAACUACCGUGUCUGGCUCAAGUUUCAAAACCUUUUAUACAUAGUGGUCCACGACGCCAUCUUCGACCUGUUCAUCAUGGUGUGCAUCAUCAUGAACACAGCCUUCCUAGCCAUCGAACAUCACGGCAUGUCCUAUGAACUCAACAGGGUGCUCGAGGUUGGCAACAGGGUGUUUACAGCAGUAUUUACGUUGGAGUGCAUCAUGAAGAUUAUGGCGCUGAGCAGGGAGUUCUUCAUUAACAGAUGGAACGUCUUUGAUUUAGUCAUCGUUCUCGCCUCUUUGCUUGACUUGGGUCUAGAAAUCGGCUCUGGGCUUUCAGUGUUGCGAGGCAUGAGACUAUUGAGGGUGCUGAAACUAGCUCAGUCAUGGCGGACGAUGCGUGUUCUGCUCAGCAUCAUCGUUUCAACACUCGGAGCCUUGGGAAACCUCACCUUCGUCCUGCUUAUCAUUAUCUAUAUCUUUGCCGUCAUCGGAAUGCAGCUCUUUGGCAAAAACUACACUGCUGCCAACUUUCAUCCCGAUCCAAUUCCAAGAUGGAACUUCACUGAUUUUUUUCAUUCCUUCAUGAUGAUAUUUCGGAUCCUGUGUGGUGAAUGGGUGGAGCCUCUCUGGGACUGCAUGAGAGCUGAAAAGAAUGACGGGUCUGAGACGUGCCUGGCUAUUUUCUUGCCAGCCCUGGUAAUGGGUAACUUCAUGGUGCUCAAUUUGUUCCUUGCUCUUCUCUUGAAUUCGUUCAAUUCUGAGGAACUGAAGUCUCGACAAGAUGAUUUAGAAGACGAAUCAAGAAUAUUGCAACUCUUUGUUAGAUUACGGGAUAAUAUCUUUAGAAGAAAGAAGAGAAAAAGUGAAGAAUUGGAUGAGGAUGAUACUGCAAAAGAUGAGGAGGAUGCAAUGCCAGAUCGUGGAGUGAAGAAGGCUUUCAGUGAACCUGAGAUGCAUGCCAGGUGUGAGGAGGAAGCAGGGGGGGAUCCACAAAUGAAAGGCUACAAAAGAAUGACUGUUGUUGACCAGAACAACUACAAAACCAUAUUGGCUCGUGCACCCCAAGAAAAUGGACAUAUGGACAAGAAUGUAAUAAAUGGAAAGAAAGUAAAGUUUCAAGGGGAUGAUGAUCGGCCAGAAAUAAUAGAGUUGUCAGAGUUUAACCAGGGAGAUGACCAGUUUGCUUUCUGCCAACCUCGAAAAAGUACACAACAAGAACGCCGCAGUCAGCAGUAUCAAGAUUACACGUCAAGUGACCAACCCCCUGAAGAAUAUUCCACUGGGGAAUAUCAGCAGGGUUACUCUAAUGAAUAUGGACAUGAACAUGACUACCAUCAACUGCAGUUUCCAGAGUCUGAAGGCGAAGGGGGCAAUAAUGAGGACAGUGUAUCAGAGGUCAAUUUAUCUGAUGGCAAUAUUCCCAAGAUGAAGUUGGAAGAGACGGUGAGCUUCAGAAGUCAAGCAAAAGAGAGAUAUGGAAGGCCAAAUGGGGGCCCUAAAGGAAAACAUUGGCAGAGAGUGAAGAAAGAAAUACCAUCUCCAUUCAAUAAGACUCAAAGUUGGAGUGCAGUUGUCAACUAUGUAGACACUAUAACAAGUGGGGUCAAGGAUGAUGAUGACCCAAGGUUCAAACGACAAGAAAUUAUGGAAAAGGAACCAGCAGAUUGUUUUCCAAAGAAAAUUUUUAAUAGAGUCCAGUGCUGUGCUCUUUUUACAGAGACAAGACUUUACAAGAAAUGGUACCGGGUGCGACAAAUGUGCCUUUACGUUGUUGACAGCCCUUACUUUGAAUGGGUUGUUCUCAUCCUGAUUUUUGCUUCAUCCGUUACCCUUUGUUUUGAAGAUAUUCAUUUGGAUUCUAAAAGAGAACUUAAGGAAGUUCUGAACUAUCUGAAUCUUGUCUUCGCCAUCCUCUUCACCAUUGAAAUGUUCGUGAAGUGGAUUGCACUGGGCUUUGUCAAGUACUUCACUUCAGUGUGGACCAUCUUGGACUGCUUCAUCGUCCUAGUAUCCAUGUGCAGUCUCUUCAUAGAACAAGAUAACCUCAUUGCUCUGCGUAGUCUUCGAACACUGAGAGCUUUAAGACCUCUACGAGCCAUUUCUCGCUGGGAAGGAAUGAAGAUAGUGGUCAAUGCUCUCAUGUACGCCAUCCCGUCCAUAUUCAACGUGUUGCUGGUGUGUCUUGUGUUUUGGCUCAUCUUCUCCAUCAUGGGUGUCCAGAUGUUUGGGGGAAAAUUUUACAAGUGUAUAGACCAUCAUGGAGAAAUUCUACCUCUCAAGAUUGUUGAAAAUAAAACUGACUGCUUAGCGAAGAACUACACGUGGAUCAACAGUAAGAUAAACUUUGACCAUGUGGGAUUCGCUUAUCUUGCUCUCUUUCAAGUGGCAACUUUUGAAGGUUGGAUGGAAGUGAUGGAGGAUGCUGUUGACUGCCGAGGAAUUGACAAACAGCCAGAAAGAGAGGCAAAUAUCUAUGCCUAUAUCUACUUUGUAAUUUUCAUCGUAUGUGGGUCAUUUUUUACCCUCAACCUGUUUAUUGGUGUCAUCAUUGAUAACUUCAAUGCACUAAAGAAAAAGUAUGAAGGCGGUGUGUUGGAGAUGUUUCUUACGGACUCUCAGAAGAAUUAUUACACUGCCAUGAAGAAGCUUGGUCGCAAGAAGCCCCAGAAGGUCAUCAGGCGACCCAAACAUCCAUACCAUGCUCUGUUCUAUGACAUUGCUGUCUCAAGAAGAUUUGAAAUUUCCAUCUUCGUCCUGAUCUUCCUCAAUAUGGUGACCAUGGCCAUUGAGCAUUAUCACCAAUCCCGCACAGUCGCCUUCACCUUGGAAGUCUUCAAUGCUCUCUUCACCACCAUCUUUGGACUUGAGGCAAUUGUGAAAAUCAUCGGCUUGCGGCACCAUUACUUCACUGUCCCAUGGAACCUCUUUGAUUUCAUCCUUGUCUUUGCAUCUAUAAUGGGAAUCCUCUUGCAAGAUGUACUUACCAACUUCCCUAUCAGUCCAACACUUCUCAGGGUUGUGCGGGUCUUCAGGAUUGGCCGCAUUCUCCGUCUUAUCAAGGCUGCAAAAGGGAUUCGGAAGCUGCUGUUUGCCCUUAUAGUGUCCCUGCCAGCUUUAUUCAACAUUGGUGCCCUGCUGUUCCUCAUCACCUUUAUUUAUGCCAUUAUUGGUAUGGCUGUUUUUGGUCACGUCCAGCGCAAAGGAGCCCUUGAUGACCUUGUCAACUUUGAAACUUUUGGCAGCAGUAUGAUGUUAUUAUUCAGGUUGAUCACCUCUGCAGGGUGGAAUGAUGUGCUGGAUCCCCUGAUGGCAAAGCCACCUGACUGUGACAUACAUUAUAUGAACCAACCCAAUGGUAACUGUGGCCACCCAGUUAUUGCAAUUGUCUUCUUUGUCUCCUUCAUCAUCAUCAACUUCAUGAUUGUCAUCAACAUGUACAUUGCUGUUAUUCUGGAAAAUUUCAACCAAGCACACAAGGAAGAAGAAAUUGGGAUUGUUGAAGAUGAUUUAGAAAUGUUUUAUGUUAGAUGGUCAAAGUAUGAUCCUCACGCCACACAGUUCAUCAACUUUUCACAACUCUCUGACUUCAUUGCAAGUUUGGACAGUCCAUUUGGCAUACCAAAACCCAACACAGUUGCUCUUGUGGCCUUUGACUUGCCUAUAGCCAAAGGGGACAAAAUACAUUGUCUUGACAUCCUCCAUGCUCUGACCAAGCAUGUUCUUGGGCAUGUGGAAGAAACAGAAGAAUUCAAGAGGCUCAAGAUGCAGAUGGAGGAGAAGUUUAAGAAGCAGUUCCCCACACGGAAAGAGCUGGAGAUUGUGUCUUCAACCAGACGUUGGAAGAAGAUGGAUUCAGCAGCAAAGACAAUUCAGCAGGCAUGGCGUGCCUUUUUAAAGUAA